AGCGUGGCAGCGAUAGACUGUCCAUUGCUGCCAUGCUGGGCCGUGCAAGCUCAGCUGCAGACAUAGAUGAGUCGGAGUCAUGACGGACAACAGCACCGCCACCCACUCCGGAUCACAUUCGCUACCGAGGAUCCUACGGCCCCGUCGCCCAUAGUCCAAGGCAAGCUCGGGAAGAUCAGCUUGACGAGGACCUGCCAUUCUAUCUUUGGUUUUGACUCUGCAGCACGAGUCAUGGGCAUGACGCUGGGAGAACCCUGCGAAGAACCUGUAGCUACACGACGCCACACCUGCACAGAACAAAUGCCAAACAGACAGCCAUUCGUGUCCGCGAAGACUCAGACUGAGUCAUGGACGCUCGGGAAUCGCCCCCCGAUACCGCCAACUGGGCACCCACGUAUCAGCAGUAUACCAAAAUGCCACGCAGCAAGAAGACCGAGACCGUCGUCGUGCGUCCCAUCAAGCGCGGCGCAGACAGCCCGAGGAAGACCGUCCUCGCCCCGCUCAAGGAGCUGAACCGCCAUGCGCCUCUGGUAAGCUCGCCCAUCUGCGCGCCGCGCCUCUCCACAUUACCCCUACCACCCGGGACACCGCUUCCCCCGCCUCCCCCAGGUCCUCCCAUUCUCUCCCCCCUCCCACAUAUGCCCGCGCUCCAGUUCCCGACGAUGGGAACCUCCGCUGACGUCGCUGCGCGACCUGUCCAGCACGAACUGGCACCCAUAUUCAUCAACAACGAUCCCAGACCCUGGCAUAGGCAGAGCAGAUCGCCUCCCAAGCAGUCGCGGUGGCGUUCGAUGCCCUCAACCCGCACUGUCGGGCGUACUAUCGGCAACGAGUGGGUAUCAGCCGACUACGUCUGCGGGACGGCAAUCGAGCCCGAGUGGGGUUAUGAGGCCGACGCACAAGAGGAGCGGGAGCGUGAGUGGUGCGAAGAGCGCCAGCACCCGGCAGACGAGGAGGGAGGGCGGGCACGAGCUGAAGUGCACAUCAUGGACAUUGCGAAGCCAGCUAAACGGCGAGGACCCGCGAAGGACUACGAGGUCGUCCAGACAGUGCAUAGAGUAAUCGCGCUGGAUGAUGACGGUUGGGAGCAAUGGGAUAUAGAGUCGGUAGACGAGAUGGAGAGUGAGGAUUGGGAGACACUCGAGGAUGAGGCGUACAAUCGGGCGUCGUACGCCACGAUCCUGCAACAAACGGCUGGCUAAACAAGUGAGCGUUGUUGAGUAGAUGUAGAGCAAGUAUACGGUAGCACUGCGCGUGCUAUUCGCAGAUUUUGCAGGAGUGAACCUUGAAGUGUUAUCUUCGAGCGCAUGAACCAUUACGCCAUAUCU